AUGAAUUCGUAUUUCGCAAACCCGUCGCUCUCCUGCCAUUUAUCUGGUGGUCAAGAUGUUUUGCCAAACGUGUCCAUAAAUUCCACCACUUAUGACACAGUGAGACAUUUUUCCUCAUAUGGGGCUGCUGUGACCCAGAAUCGGAUAUACCCAAAUCCUUUCUAUUCUCCCCAAGACAAUGUUGUUUUUGGGCCGAGCCGGGCAUCCUAUGAGUAUGGAUCUAAUGUGUUUCUUCAAGACAAGGAUGGGGGUCUUGCCAGUUGCAGACAAACAAGCAGGGGGCUGAAUGCACAAAGCCACAGUGCUCAGGAGUACAGUUUGGAUCACGCCAGAGGAUCGCAGGAGCAGAAACCUAACGUCCAGAUUUACCCGUGGAUGCAGCGAAUGAACUCUCACAGCGGUGAGUUUUACUACAACAAAUAAAUUAAGUAAAUGGGUCAGUUUUACGAUAUGUCUUAGCAACAGAGCAACUUCGUUUUUAUGGCCCCAUAAAACAUCAUUGUAUCGUCUCGCCCUGGAGAAAGGCCUCCUUUCUGAGUGUGCGUAACUAUUCUAACAGUUGCCCAAAAUGUGUAUUGUCAACGUUUACCCCCAAAAAUCCUAUGUUUUGUUUAUCCUGAAUCUUAUAUAUUUAAUUUAAACAAUUUCAUAGACUAUGUAUAUUUUACAAACAGAUGUUGGACAUGCAGAUUAAGUCUCAUGGUUUGGAGAACUGAUUGCUUAUUUUACUGCAUGCCAUAGUCGUUCCUACCAGGAGCAGAAAUAGGAUAUUUUGGACAUUAAUUGCUCCCAUCACAUUGUCAGUACCUUUGUAAUGAUGUCUAAUCUGGAUUAUGGUGAUUAAAUCAUCUGAUGUCAGAAAAAUGUACAGAAUGGGUAUAUAUACAUAAAUGUAAUCCAAUACUUUGCUAUGUUUUCUAUUCACUGCACAGGAGUUGGAUAUGGGUCAGACAGACGCAGAGGACGCCAGAUAUACUCCCGUUACCAAACACUGGAACUGGAGAAGGAAUUCCAUUUCAACCGCUAUCUAACCAGACGUAGACGUAUCGAAAUAGCAAACGCUCUCUGUUUGACAGAACGUCAGAUCAAAAUUUGGUUCCAGAACCGUCGUAUGAAAUGGAAGAAAGAGAGCAUUCUAACGUCGCCGGUGACGGGAAGUGAAUCAACAGGGGCCUCGGUGGAGGAAGGAGACGGCGUGGAAGAGGAGAAAGAAGAGGGAAAAAAAUAA